AUGAUUGGUCUUUUUCAAGAAUUGGGACCUUGUCAAUCUGUACAAAAUACAAGUAAAGUUUGCGACCGCCCUGAAAGCUGGAAUAAAGUGUCAAAUUUAUUAUUCGUUGAUCAGCCGAUUGGUGCAGGGUUUUCAUAUGGUGAUAGACUUUUAUCUACUACGGAAGAAGCUGCCGAAGUCCUUUAUGAAUUCUUACAGUUAUGGUUUAAUCGGUUUCCGGAAUAUUCGCGGUUAGAUUUCCAUCUCUUUGGAGAAUCUUACGCUGGUCAUUACGUACCCGCAACUGCUGAUUUAAUAUUAAAGAACAAUAAUUUAAAAAAAAAGAAAAAGUCAGAUAACAUAAUCUCAAUAAAUUUAAAAUCGAUUGGCAUAGGAAACGGAUUAAUCUCUCCUGCCAUACAAUAUGAAUCGAUGACUCAUUAUUGCGAACAUAGCAAUUAUGGUCACAUACUUAGUCCAGACCUUAUCUCAAAAAUGAAAUCGAAUUUUCCAACAUGCAAGAAAUUAAUUAACAAAUGUGCUGAAACAAAUUCUCCCGAUGAUUGUGGUAAAGCUGGAGAUUAUUGCGGAAUGAAUUAUUAUUCAUAUUUUCUCGAUAAUUCUGGUUUAAAUCCUUAUGAUGUUCGUUAUCCCAACACUACAAUCCAUACCCAUCCAUCACCGGAUUAUAUCAAUUAUUUAAGUGAUCCAGAUGUAUUGAAAAAAAUUGGUGCAAAAAUUGAAUAUACCGAAUGUUCUGAAAAAGCUAAUUAUCCUUUCAUUAUGGAAAAAGCAGAUGACAUGAGAGACUUUCUUCCAGUACUAAGUUCAGUUGUAAACCAAGGUAUUCGUACAUUGUUAUUUUUUGGUGAUGCGGAUUUUGGGUGCAACUGGAUGGGAGGACAUAAUGUUUCAAAAGCAAUCCAAUGGAAAAAUCAGAAGCAAUUUAAUUGUGCACCAUUCAAAGAAUGGUGUUUGGGUGAAUCAAAACCUAAAGGAAAAAUUCAAACAUAUUGUGAUUUAACAUUUAUCUCAGUAUAUGAAGCAGGUCAUGAGGUACCAUUUUAUCAACCAAAAGCUUCUUUAGAAAUGUUUAGACGUUGGAUUAAUAAAGAAGUAAUUAAUUAA